AUGAUGGACGUCAUUGGCAAAGAAUGCGCUGAUGGCCACAGCUUUGUGCUCAAGAAUGUGCCGGACAAGACUCACUUCGACUACAGUAUGGACCUCUACUGUAAGCUUGACGGCAGUCGACACCUUCGCGCACUGCAUGACACGGUGCCCUCCGAUUCGGUGCUUGUCUUCCCAUUCUUGCGCGACGACCUUCUUAAGUUCGCUUGCAAUGAUCUGUCAACAGCCUGCGUCAAGGCGGUCCUGAAUCAAGGACUGCAUGGCAUUGCCGAGCUACAUGCACGCGGGAUUGUGCACCCAGGCGUCAAGCCUUCCAACUUCUUUCUGGACUACCAUGAGGCAGAUGGAAAGCUCGCUCUUGACAAGGUGCAGCUCUCUGACCUUGAAGACGCACGCAUGCUCAUGCCCAGCGAAGCUGUGAGCGGAACGCUCACUGGUAACGAGUUGUGGCGAAGUCCGGAAGCAUGGGCGAAGGGACCUUUGGCUCUCCCGUCAGACAUGUUCUCCUUUUGGCUGGUCUGUCUGUACGUGGUACUCAGGCGGAUCGUACUCGCCUACACCAUGGAGGAGCUCGAGAUGGAUGAGGAGAAGCUACGACCGGAAGUCAUCAUACUUCACCGUCAAAUUUUCUACUUCGCUGAAGAGUCAAGCUUCGCUGCUUUCCUGGAAUAUCUCGGCGACAGUCCAUAUCGUCAAAUCUUCGAGGUAUUGCUAGGUGGAUUUGAUGACGACUCUCGACGGGAGCCAGUGCGUCUAUGGAGUUUCGUGAAGGAUGAGGACGUCAAGGAUCUUGUCGCUGGCCUUACAGACUUCGAUCCGAGAAAGCGGCUUACCACAGACGAGGCCUUGAAGCACAGACGGUUUACGGCUUUGAACGAUGACGAAAGCCAUGUCGAUGGGGAUUACUUCAAUGGUGUCUGA